CUCAAAGUCUAUUCCAAUUUAUAAGAGUUAAUUACUAAUGCACAUAUGGGUAUUGGGGGGAAUUGCAUGAAAUACAAACCAAUAUUAACAGAAGUUAUUAUUUUGGUGUAUUGCCUACCACUGAACAUAUACCUCCCUGCGGAUCCCCAUCUGCCUCCAAUUAUACUCCCACAGCUGUGGGUGAAUAGGCAUUACUUAAGUGGGAGUAAAAAAAAAAUAUGCUAUUUUAUCUGUUAGCCUAUUAAAUAGUUACAGUACUGAAAAUAUGUCUUUUGUGCCACCCUCCUGGAAUUUUCACCAGCUGCCAAGCUUUUUCCCACCUCCAAAUUCUUAUUGGGCUUUGGUCCUCUUUUAAUAGCUUUCAUGUAAUUUUUUUUACACAUUUUAUCUCAACUUGUUGUCAGUACUUAUUGAGGAGAUAUAAUUGAGAACUGGCAAGUAACCAAAUCCUUGGAAAAAAGAUAAAGCACGAGAUAGUAUCAACAAACAAAUUUCACCCUUUUUUUCUAUUUACUUAAGCAAGCUACUAUCAGGGAGGUUCCCAAACAUGUCCAACAGUUAAGCCGUCUUACCUACAGCUUCCACCCUGGAAGGCUGUAGUAUCACAUAACCAUAUACAUACUUACAGCAUAAAUCAUAUAUCUAAUCAUCCCCACUCACUGCAAAAUGAUAAAUUCUCCCAAAUUAUCAUUUAAUCAAGCGACUUUCCUGUUCAAGAGUGUAAUGGCUUAAGGUGCUCAUUAUAUAACAAACUGGAAUUAAAUACGGUACUUCUAAUAAUGACUUCUUCCAAUCAGUCCAAACUGGGUUCCCACUUAUUCCCUAUGAUAUACAUCUCCGUACCGUAAAACUUUAUCCUUUCUGCUCGGCGUGUUGGCACAUUCUGUUCCUCCCACUAGAAUAUUUCCUGCACUUAUUCAAAUCAUACCUAUGACCACUGCAGAAAUCCAGGCACAUGAUCAUUCCAUCCAAACCCCUGCGCUCAGAGACUUGACCAAACUCUAGCACAGCUUUAGCAGCAUAAGGUCCUGUGCCCAGGACGACUGCCUCAGUAAGCUGAACUACGUGAUGUAACCAGCACAGAACUGAUGAUAGGUCUCUGACAUCCCUUUCUUAGAACAUUUACUAAAGGGCCUACAGUUGUAAAUACUUAUUUCUUGCUACUCAGAAGUUCUCGCUCAAGGACCAGAGAGCCAUUCCCUGGAAAUGUAAUCAAGAAGGAUAAAAUCCUCCGUAGGAGGAUACAAUCCUGCGGUAACUGUGGAAACACACACACACACACAGCUGGCCUAAUCACAUUUACACUAACAACUCUGUAGGUUCACUUUCUCUACUGAGCGCCCGCAUAUCCCUUUUCUCCUUUUAAAAGGCCCCUUUAAAAAUGCCCAGGUCACCUCUGCACAAAUCGAAAUAGUGCUCAGCUCUUUCCUGUCAAGUAGUUAACUGAACAAAUGUUUUCACCGCUUUAACGUCCAGCUGCGCUUAUUUUUGACAUCGACUACCUAAGGUCUACCUUUAGUCCUACGACUCUGACAAAACGAUCUCAAUAUUGGCGCAAAAUGACCUCCCCUUUCAAGGAUCUUCCAAAGCACUUCCUGUCUGAGGCAUACAAAAUGUAUUGGCACGGAAUUUUACACUUACUGAGCUUUAUAAACACCUCGUCACAUCCACACAUUCAGGACACACACUAGGUAUUCGGGUAAAAACAAAAAACAAACAAACAAAAACACAAAAAACUGGCUAAAUACCCAUUCCCCUCAAUAACUCGGAUGAGAUAUCUAAAAAGGGUCGACCUUCGGUACCUUUCUGUCCUCUCCCCUCUCGCUGUUUGACUACACUGGCUUCCUUGCCUCCCCUUUUUCCCACGUUUAUCGGAGCCAAAACAAGCACGGUUCAGCAGCCUCCUUUCCCAGCCCUAACCCUGUGCUGCAAAAGCGAAAAUUCCAAGCCAAGAACAGUAAGAGAUCGCCCACCCGGGCUCACUCGCGACACUAGGGGGAGCGAUACGGCUGCAGGAAAGGGGCAGCCUCGCGGCAGAGGCGGGAUUUCCGGGGUCACGGGAACCGGCAGGGGAACAGGAUAAAGUCCUCGGAGAAAGGAAAAGGAGCGUGGGAUAGUAAAGGCGGCGACGCGAAAAGGAGGGGCUAUACAGGAACGGAGGACAGGCGCGGAGGAGGUUCCCGGGGGGAGCAGAAACAAAGGCACGCAAAGCGGAAGAGCGUGUGUAAGGUAGCGGAAAAGGAAGUCACCGCCGCGGCCUGCGGGGCUACGAGGUCGUAAGGGCUGGCCUUAGCGCUUCAGUUUAGUGUUGUUAGUGGGAGAAUCCUGAAAUGUCGCCGUGGAAUGGACUGUAGCGCUCGCUUCUCCAAACGUGUCCCAGACGGCGAGCCUCGCCGGCUCUGCGGCUUGUCUCUUGCAAGCGCCGCGCAGGCCUGCCACCUGCUGGACGUGGAGACGCGGUGCUAAGCGCCACGGGCCGACUGUACGCCGGGCGGGGAAGAAGGGCUCGGGGAAGAGAUGAAUCGGUCUUCGCAGAGCGCGCCGGGAGAUCGCGAGAUUACACUUUCAAAAGCAUAAGGAGGCUUGCUUUCUACACACUAAUUUCGGAGUACAUUCGAGGCCCUGUGCUUAGUUAGGUAAUGUUCCCUGUGACUUCUGUAAUUGUCUUUUAUGUAUUAAAUUGUCUUGCAUAACUAAAACUUUUCCUGUAUCGUGCCGCCAACUUUUCAAGAACGAAAGAUGAGCAACUCCAUUCUGGUAGAGGUGUUUUCAUUGGAGAAUUUUUGAGCUGCAGUAAUCCUUUUAACGCUGCACACACAUACAGGGGUUACACGUGUAGGGGAUUAAAACCACAGUUAAGUUAUAGGUUGAAGGGGCUGUUAAGGACUUCAGGCAACAUCUAAAUAAACACUCCGUUCUUUUCUCUGUUCCACUUCUGGGAGCCUCCUGUAUAGCACCUGUUGCUCUAGGUGCUAGAGGUACGCAGAGGAACUGGACAAGGGCAAGAAAAACAAAGGACCCCUUUCGAAGAACUAGCGUUCUGUUGGGAGAGACAAGCUUGUGAAAUGGCAAAAAGUCUUUUGAAGACAUCCUCUCUGUCUGGAAGGACAAAAUUGCUACAUCAAACAGGAUUGUCACUUUAUAGUACAUCCCAUGGAUUUUAUGAGGAAGAAGUGAAAAAAAAACUUCAGCAGUUUCCUGGUGGAUCCAUUGACCUUCAGAAAGAAGACAGUGGCAUUGGCAUUCUUACCCUGAACAAUCCAAGUAAAAUGAAUGCCUUCUCAGGUGUUAUGAUGCUACAACUUCUGGAAAAAGUAAUUGAAUUGGAAAAUUGGACAGAGGGGAAAGGCCUCAUUGUCCGUGGGGCAAAAAAUACUUUCUCUUCAGGAUCUGAUCUGAAUGCUGUGAAAUCACUAGGAACUCCAGAGGAUGGAAUGGCCGUAUGCAUGUUCAUGCAAAACACCUUAACAAGAUUUAUGAGACUUCCUUUAAUAAGUGUUGCGCUGGUUCAAGGUUGGGCAUUGGGUGGAGGAGCAGAAUUUACUACAGCGUGUGAUUUCAGGUUAAUGACUCCAGAGAGUAAGAUCCGAUUCGUCCACAAAGAGAUGGGCAUAAUACCAAGCUGGGGUGGCACCACCCGGCUAGUUGAAAUAAUCGGAAGUAGACAAGCUCUCAAAGUGCUGAGUGGGGCCCUUAAACUGGAUUCAAAAUAUGCUCUACACAUAGGAAUGGUUGAAGAGGUUUUGCAGUCUUCAGAUGAAACUAAAUCUCUAGAAGAGGCACAAGAAUGGCUAAAGCAAUUCAUCCAAGGGCCACCGGAAGUAAUCAGAGCUUUGAAAAAAUCUGUUUGUUCAGGCAGAGAGCUAUAUUUGGAGGAAGCAUUACAGAAUGAAAGAGAUCUUUUAGGAACAGUUUGGGGUGGGCCUGCAAAUUUAGAGGCUAUUGCUAAGAAAGGAAAAUUUAAUAAAUAAUUGGUUUUUCGUGUGGAUGUACUCCAAGUAAAGCUCCAGUGACUAAUAUGUAUAAAUGUUAAAUGAUGUUAAAUAUGAACAUCAGCAUUACUUUGAAGGCUACUAUUAAUAUGCAGACUUGUUUUUAAUCAUCUUUUGAAUAUCUGAACUCAUUUACCUCAUUUCUUGCCAUUGGGUAUUUACUGCAUAAUCUGGAACAUUUAGCUAAAAUAUACACUUUUGGCUUAAAAAUUAUUGCUCUCAAUUCCAAUAAUAAUUCUUAGCUUAUAAGCAAAGAGCAGUGUUUAAAAGGAGAGCUUCUAUACAAAACCUAUUCCUGGUGUUACUUUUCGUAAAAUUUUGUCUUACCUGGAAAUAAUUUACCAAAAUAAUGAGUAUUGCUAUUAAAGAGCAAAAGUGGGGAGGGAUCAGGGAACAAGAAAACAAAAAGGAUAUGAUCAAUUAUUUUCUUCUGCUCCAAACAGCCGGAGUAAAAUUCAUGGGAAAUGGCCCUUAAUUUAAAAAAAGAUGUACCUCACUACCCACUACAAAUUUGGAACUUUAUUUGAUCUUUUCAAUAAUUAGUUUUCUAUUAUAAAUUAUCUACUAAACAGUGGUAGCCAUGACAUGGAAAGUCAACUGAUUUUACAAAUUGAACAUUCAUUUGUGUGCCCUGGAAUUUCCAACUAGUAAUAAACAACUACUGUUGAUGUAGUUUUAAAAUUAAAACCACUCGAAGGGACUCAUGAAGCAUCUUGCAACAUAAAUUUGCAUUUUUACAUCAGAUUUUUUUUUCCUGAAAAACAACCUUUUAUAACUGUCUUUCAAAAGUAAACGUAAAAAUGCACAACAUAAAAUGUUUAUGAUCAUCCCAGAAAUACACUUUUUAAAAAAUGUGAAAGUCCAAGAAUUAAGUUCUAGUUCUGACUCAUCACAAGAGGUCAAAAGUAUUUGCUACUGUAACAUUCAAUUCACAUUUGAGAAUCAUGGUAAAAAUAACUUGCAUUUGCCUUAUACAUGAUCCUACUGUUGAGUUCGGAAAAUAUGGUUAGACAGACUUACGUUACUUUUUUUCAGAGGUAAAUUCUAGAUUACUGUGUCAACCUAAUAUUUUCUAUUUGGCCAUAGAUGUAAAAUCUACCAAAUAAAAGUGGAUUUUGUGGUCUACAA